AGGCGGAGAGUGCAGCCUGGGGACCUACGGUGGUACUACAGCCGGCCAGAGGCUGUGCUCUGCUGCGGAGUUGGGAAGCUGCUCACGGAGCGGAAGAUGGUGAUUGUGUGGAGGCUGCAGUGGAGUCACCGGAGCUGAUGCAGAGAGGGAGACGAGGCAAGACACACAGAAAGCCGUGAAAAGAACAACGAUAAUAAUGUCCCUUUCCCCUGACAAUGAAGAUGGAUACUUUGUUGCCAUGGAUACAGAAGAUGACGGUACAGAGACUGCUGGGAUAGCAGAAGAGAUGGAGACGAAGACGGGGUCAUGUAGAGAAGAAGGGAACAUGAACAGUGGUGCCAAAGAAAAAGGGAGAACAAUGGUUGAGUUGCCAGAGGAAGUUCUUGAAUAUAUUUUGUCCUUCCUCUCACCUUAUCAGGAGCACAAGACCGCUGCAUUAGUUUGUAAGCAGUGGUACCGUCUCAUUAAAGGUGUUGCUUAUCAGUGUUACCAUGGUUUUCUAAGAGCUGUCCAGGAGGGAAACAUCCAGUGGGAAAGUCGGACAUACCCAUAUCCAGGAACCCCCAUUACUCAGCGCUUUUCACACAGUGCGUGUUAUUAUGACUCAAAUCAGUCCAUGUAUGUGUUUGGGGGUUGCACUCAGAGUAGCUGCAAUGCUGCCUUCAAUGAUUUAUGGAGACUUGACCUUAACAGCAAGGAAUGGAUCCGACCUUUAGCCUCAGGCUCCUAUCCGUCUCCUAAAGCUGGAGCAACUCUUGUGAUGCACAAAGAUCUGUUAGUGCUGUUUGGUGGAUGGACACGACCCAGCCCUUAUCCUCUGCACCAACCGGAAAGGUUUUUUGAUGAAAUCCACACUUAUUCGCCAUCAAAGAACUGGUGGAACUGUAUAGUAACAACACAUGGACCUCCACCUAUGGCUGGCCACUCGUCAUCUGUAAUUGGGAACACUAUGGUGGUGUUUGGUGGAUCAUUAGGAGCACGUCAAACGAGUAAUGAUGUCUGGGUUCUGGAUCUGGAGCAGUGGUCCUGGUCCAAACCUUCGAUAUCAGGUCCAUCACCUCACCCACGAGGAGGCCAGUCUCAAAUUGUUAUUGACGAGAAGACUUUGCUCAUCUUGGGAGGCUGUGGAGGCCCUAAUGCACUCCUGAAAGAUGCGUGGCUCCUCCACAUAGACACCCCAACAUGGAGGUGGCAGCUGCUGCAGGUGGAAAAUCAGGAACAUCGAGCUCCUGAGUUAUGGUGUCACCCAGCUUGUAGGGUGGGCCAGUGUGUUGUGGUUUUCUCACAGGCGCCAUCUGGCUGCGCGCCACUCAGCCCGAGUCUUAAUUCUAGACCCUCUCCGAUAAGUGCCACACCUGCCCCUCUGGGCCCCGAGCCGCCUUCCCUGCGCUCUCAGUCUCCCAUUCGAAGUGGGGCUGCUGGUGUUGUCCUGGGAGCCGCUGAAGAGGCCCCAUGUGUAAAUGGUCGAUGGGGCACUCUGAGACCUCGGCCCUCAGCUAGAGGAAGUGCCAGAGAUGGGAGUCCAUCUUCGUCCCAACAACCAUCUCCUUUACAGGGUCCAGACAGCCCUCCUCUUCCUCCACUUCCUCCUCUGAUAAAUGGAUCCUCUCCUUCUCCUCGGACAAGCCCAGCUCAGGGUGGGUCUCCCCCCUCUCGUCCUCACCUUCCUGGUUCCACAGACUAUGGUUGGGAGUCUCCCCCCUCUGCUAUCCAUCACCCCGAGGUUCCAGGCACUAAUGGCUUGCACACACCUCCCUCAGGCUCCCCACGCACGCCCCCAGGAGCAGUAUCUCCCGCUGCCCUGCGACGAGGGCUGGAGGCAGUGAAGAACAAAUCUUCCUCAUCUUUAACAUCGUCGUCGUCGUCUUCCCUUCAGGGGCCUUCUCCUGUAGGAGGCAGUGGUGGGGGAGGAGGAACCCCUCCUUCAUCCUCGUCCAGCCCCCCACAAGCUGCUGCAGCGGAUGGACAUGCUAUCCCACCUAUAGCACGGCGCCUGGGUCAUCACCCACCUCAGAGCCUGAAUGUAGGAAAGCCCCUGUACCAGUCUCUUAACUGUAAGCCAAUGCAGAUGUAUGUGUUGGACGUGUCCAGGGCCAAAUCUAAUGGUGUUGUGUCCUGGAAGGUUUAUGGUAAUGGUACUCCCGCUGCAGUUACAGGACCCCCAGAGACCAGCCUUCACACUGUGGUGCAGGGCAGAGGAGAGCUCAUCAUAUUUGGGGGUCUUGUGGACAAAAAACAAAAUGCAAAGUACUACCCUAAAACCAACGCCUUGUACUUUGUACGUGCUAAAAGGUAAUGCAACUUCAGGCAGGACUAGGAACAGGAAUGCUCCAACCUGUGACAAAACAAGGGAACUUACACACAAGGCCUUUUUUUCCUGUAGGAAGGAUUAUGAAUUAAAUAACAUUAUUGUUGCUAGAUGUUUCACUUAAAUUCACUAUUGUCCCUUCUGCCUACCGCAAGCAUUCAAAACACUUUAACUACACUUUGGUAAAACAUUUGCCUGGAUGAGAAUCUUGUCUGUGUGUGUGUGUUUGUGUGCUUGUGACUAGCGAAAAGAGGGAACUGGACUAGUUUUGUUAUUCCCCAAACAGUGAGCAUCCAAACAAAAACAUUUUUGGUGUUUUACUCCCUGAAAGAGCAAAAUGUUUAGUAACUACCUUGCUUUUUCCAUAACUCUUUAAGCCUGCAAUGUUUACAUUGAAGACAGUGUGAGUGUGUGGGUGUGUGUGUUUGUGUGUACACAGCGGAGGUUAAAAGUUGUUGACUAAUGUGUGUCGGGGACCACGGUGGAUAAGAGGUGUGGCACUGUACUAUAAGCAUAGUUGAACAAUAAAGACCUCUAUGUCUGCUCUGUCAAA